AAUUUCAGGCGACCUUGUUCGACGUGUUGACGGUAGAAUGGCAUUUGAUGUCGAUUUAGUACGUGGGCGUGGAAGAGAAUGCACUCGAGUAUCCGACGGUAUUAUAAAGCUUGGCUGGUCACGGUAUUUGACCCCCUAUUUCAAUCUUAGGCGUUGCACCAGCACUCUACUACCGCCUACUACAACAUCGAUGCAUCAAUGGCUACCGAUUCCAAAGUCGCUGAUGACAGCAGUACACCUCCUUCGUAUGACACAAUCUUAGCAAGUCCCAUUCAAUGCGAUCAAUCAUCUAUAUUCUCCUUUGGUCUCAUGAAGAAAAAGCGUACAGCUGUUCUAUCCCGCAUCCGUGACAUCGUCUUAGCCCCUGACUUCAUCCUUUCUUCUGUGGUUCCAAAUGUCAAUGCCUGUGCUGCUGCUCUCCCAGCUACCGAGUUCUCCAAACUCCUGAAACAACUCAAUAUCGAGGGCCACACAGCACUGUAUUGGGCAAUUGUGAACAAUCGGCCACAAGCUCUUUGGACAUUUAUCAAGUUCAUUUCCGGCACGAGUCCCUCUGUUUCUUCCGACUUGCGCAUUGCCUGUAUGAUAACCAACGACUACAAUGUUUAAGGAGCUAAAUUUUGGAAACUGUAAGUAGUAGUACACAGCAAUGUCCACCGGAGAAACCACUGAUUUGGAUACUAGUAAGUGACAGGCGUUCGAGAUGCUUUUUAGGAUGUCUACCAGAUGAAGUCCAGGUACAUACAUGUGACGAACCCACCAACCAGUUCGAUGUUGUUUUUCGAAUCAGGAUGUUCCAGAAACGCCUGCGCACUGCUACUGCCAAAAGUCUGCGCUUCGAAUUUGUCGCAGGGGG